GCAGAGACCUGGCGGUGCAGUACCCACCGCACACAUAUGCAUAAUUUCAUGCUCACUGCCGCUACGUGGCGCUCAUUUGUGUAGUUUUCCUUAAACGCUGCCAUACUUUCGUUUCCGUUCCCACUGUAUAUCACCGUCUGGGAGAGGAUACGUGCACGGCGAGAAUAUGCAGUCCUUGGCUGAGGCGGCGCUUUGUAUGCAGAUUACCUGCAUUUCGGGCUGGGGAUUGAGGUCUCUAAUGAGACUUGAGGCAUAGUCGUGGGCCCGCCUCCCCCCAAGAAAGGCGCAGAAAAAACCGCAUAAAGCAUUGGAAGUCGUGCGAUAUGGGGAACGGAUCCGGAUCGGGGCCUUGCCUCGGGCUGCCCCAAACAUACACAUCAUGCGUAUGGCGGAUGCUAAGUUUAUACGCAAUGAAGAGUGAAAAGCAAUAAGGUCUGUUAAGUUGUGCAUAAAAGGGAAAUGGCCCAGGACUCCCCUGAAUAGGGGUCGCAGGGGGCAUUGGAGCACAAUAUGUUUAUUGAAUUGUCGCCAGCAGAUAUCCGGCAAGCAGAAGGGAAAACGAGAAACUUUUGCAAUAGCUAUCGUGUUGAAAAAGGGAAAUGGAGACAGGACAACUCUUGAUUAUGGAAACAUCGAAGGAAAGUACCCUCUAAAAAUGGGUGGAGAGUAUUUAUAUCGAAUACAGACUUCAAAAGCACAGUAUCGUACAUUGGCAUCCAUUUUAAUUACUUUGGGGUGUGGUUACUGGUUAUCCAGUGCAUCCCUGAUAUAAAUCAGAAGGAACACGUAUUCGUUUUGUGAAAAAUACAUUGUCUCUACGAAUCAUGGAAGAUCUCGGCGAAAAAGAUAUGAUCACCUGCCCGUACAACCGGGAGCAUGUGAUGCUGCGCAAAAAGUAUCAGCAGCACAUUUUGAAAUGUCGUGAGAUCUACAAAGACAAGGUGGAGCUUCUUGCGUGUCCCUUCAACAAGGCGCACCUGGUACCAAAGUUGGAGUUCCACCAACAUUUAAAAUCCUGUGAUGAUCGCAAAAUAAUUGUGCAACAUCUAAACAGCGAAGAACCGGAUGUGCUGCGCGCCGACACAAGACAUAAGAAAAUUGAAGCCGACGAGAACUGGGACGACGAUCGGGUGGAGGACUACAAUCCGCAGGUGUAUUGCGCUCAGGCAAAUAUCAUACGCGAACCGCGCGGCCUGUUCCCGGCCCAGCGCAAGGCAUUCUUCAAGGAGGAGGAACGUCGUCGUCGCGGCGAUGCUGAACAGCCGGGCACGUCCAAUUCCCCGGCUGAAAAUCGUCCUACGCCGCACCACCACAAGGAGCGGCUGCAUUCGAAACGCACUUCGAAAUAAAUGAAGUAUUUUUUUGUAUACUGAACACCAACACCAUGUGCAUAUUUUAUUUGAAAAUUAAAUAUACUCGUACAUAUAUUUUACUG